AUGAGCACAGCAACAGCGUCCCCUGAGAAAAUAGAGGUAUCCAAAGAUGAUUUCAAGUUCAUAGGGUCUGAAAAAAAUAUCAGUGCCUUCAAUAUUGAAUGUCCAAUAUGUCUGAUGGUUAUUAUGGAUAAGCCAUGUAAGACAAGCUGCUGUAAAAAGAAUUUCUGUAGAGCCUGCAUUUCUAGAAUCACAGGAGACUGCCCUAUGUGUAGGAAAAAAUACAUGAACUAUACAGCAGACAGAAGGUUCAGACGUAUAGUUUAUUCUCAAAAGAUGCAGUGCAUGAAAAAGAAGCCUCAAGGGGCUGAAUGUGGCUGGAAAGGAGAAUUAGGAUCUUUAACACAUCAUUUAAAAUCGUGUGAUUAUGUUAUAGUGCAAUGCUCCCAUUGUGAUCUAAAGGAUACUCUUUUACGCAUUGACCUGAAGGACCAUCUAGAGAACCAUUGUCCAAUGCAUCCAGUUAAGUGUCCUUUCAGUUGGUUAGGUUGUGAAGAAAGACCCUUAAGGAAAGACGUAGAGAAGCAUUACUCUGAUACCAAACAUGCUACACUUUUUGAGGCAGCAUAUCAAAAGCUUUGUUCUGAUGCAACUAAUUUGCGUAUGGCUAAUAAUCACUUGACUUCAUGCUUGAAUAGGCACAGGUCACAUGAAAGUAGACUUGCUGCCGAUAUGAGGUUUAACUAUUUGGAAAAUGAACUUCAAACUUUAAAAUGGGAACAUGAAGAGUUGAAGAAUAGACAUGACAACUUAAAGAUAAUUAUCAUAGUAGUUAUUGUAGCUGUACUUGCUGUGGCUAUAUGCAUUACGAAUUAUUAUCAUUAA